UCUGAUCUUAAUCUUUCUUUCCCAAUUUCCCCACACUUGAAGAGAAGUGAAGAGUGAAGUCCUAGGCAUCUCUAUACAUUCUCAUACCCGCACUUACACCCAAUCAUCAUCAUGGCACUCAUGCCAUCCAAACUCACAAGUGCAUGGCUACUCAUUUUGGGUGUGCUAUUCCAUGUUACAUACAUCAUGUCCAUCUUUGACAUCUACUUUACUUCUCCGCUUGUCCAUGGCAUGGGUCAACAUCAUGUCAAUCAGCCUGCUCCUGCAAAACGGCUUGUACUUUUCGUUGCUGAUGGUCUGCGCGCUGACAAGCUCUAUCAGUUUCAUCCUGAUCCCAGUACAGAGAAGUUGGAAACCAAGGCACCAUUUUUGCGCCACAUUAUCCAAAAUGAGGGCACCUGGGGUGUGUCUCAUACGCGCGUUCCUACAGAGUCGCGUCCUGGUCACGUAGCUAUUAUUGCCGGGUUCUACGAGGAUGUUAGUGCUGUCACCAAGGGAUGGCAAAUGAACCCGGUCAAUUUUGACUCGGUAUUCAAUCAGAGCGAGCACACAUGGUCUUUUGGGUCGCCUGAUAUCCUUCCCAUGUUCGCACAUGGAGCUUCGGAUCCUGACAGGAUUGAUACAAUCAUGUACCCCGCAGAGCAUGAGGACUAUGGAGCAGGCGAUGCUAGCGUUUUGGACACUUGGGUUUUUGAGAAAUUCACCAACUUGUUCGAUAAAGCAAAAUCAGAUAUGGAACUCUACAAAAAGCUUCAUUCGGACAAGAUUGUUUUCUUUCUGCAUCUCUUGGGACUUGAUACCAACGGACAUUCCCACCUCCCAAUGUCGGAAAUCUACCUCAAUAACAUCAAGAUUGUGGAUCAGGGCAUCAAAAGGGUCACAGAGCAGCUCAAAGAGUUUUAUAAUGAUGACGGCAAGACUGCCUAUGUGUUUACAGCUGAUCAUGGAAUGGGCAAUCGCGGCGUCCAUGGCGAUGGCCAUCCCGACAACACAAGGACACCUAUUAUUGCCUGGGGUGCAGGAAUACGGAAACCAAACAAAGCUAACCCUCAGGGACACGAUGAGUUCUCUGCAGAUUGGCAUCUGAAUGAAUACAGUCGAAACGAUGUUAAGCAGGCCGACAUUGCUCCACUCAUGGCCGCUCUUAUCGGAAUUAAUUACCCAGUCAACUCUGUAGGGGAGCUCCCUUUACCUUACUUAGAUGGAUCCGAAUUAUUCAGGGCAGAGUCCACGUUUACGAAUACACUUCAAAUUCUGGAGCAAUACCAUGUCAAACAAGAGCAGAAGCGCCGCACAGAGCUGUGGUUCAGGCCAUUUCCUGGAUUGACAGGAGAACAUUCUCCUGAAGUUGUUAAAGCUCAGGUUCAGGCCCUUAUUGAUCAGGGGAAAUACGAAGAAGCCGAGGUUGAAUGCACUCUUGUGCGAGACCUUUGCCUUGAAGGCCUCCGCUACUUGCAAACUUACGAUUGGCUUUUCUUGCGCUCUGUUGUGUCUGCGGGAUACUUGGGAUGGAUCGCGUUCAGUUUGAAUUUCACUUUCAGGACAUUCGUUAGCAACAAUGAGUCUCGUCUUGGACCACUAGGAUCAGCCAAAUCUGGACGACAAAACAGCAACAAUGCCACAGUAGAGGAGACUAGAUUGAUUAAUGCCUUGGCUGUAACUGUGUUUAUUGCCUUUGUUGUCAUACUCGUUAUCAAACAAUCUCCAGCACUUUAUUACGUGUACGUUGCGUUCCCUGUUUUCUUCUGGAGCCGUGUGCUGUUGGAACGUAGAGAACUUACAUGGGCUAUUUCUAAAGCUCUUCAAAAUUAUGGCUGGAUUAAAACUCUGGCUUCAGUCUUGGGAUACAUCCUUGCUCUCGAAAUCCUGGUCUAUAGCUACUUUAACAGAGCAAUUUUAUCGAUCUGCUUCCUUUUCUUGGCUCUUUGGCCAGUAUUUUUACCUGCAAGUGUGCAGCGUAAUAACACCAUGUCCAUGGUUUCGUGGUCACUCUCAUGUCUCGGAACCAGUAUAUUUACUUUGUUGCCCGUCGAGAUGGGCGAGGAUCAAACACUCAUUCUAGCUGGUGGUCUGAUCUUGACACUGAGUGGAGUCUUUGCCGUUUUGUUUGUCCCCAGUGCAACUGAGGGACUUGAAAUGCAACAACAAAAAGAUGCGAAGACGGCAAAGUCCGUGAUGAUGUUCCAGACCGGACUCAUUGCUCUCUCAACGCUAAUUGUCAAUAGCACAGUCAAGAGUCUUGCAGCGCGUGAAGGAUUGCCUUUUGUGAACCAGACACUUAGUUGGAUUAUCUUAGUCGUCACUGGUAGCAUCCCUUUCAUCUAUGGGGCCCGUUCCAACCAGCACUAUCUACUACGCAUGGUUAUCAUCUAUCUCUCGUUUGCCCCCAUCUUCAUCCUUCUAAGUAUUUCAUACGAAUCGAUCUUUUACUUCUUCUUAUCAACAACAUUGUUGUCCUGGCUGAUCCUUGAAAGGAAGAUCUAUUCAGUUAUUGAGAUGCAGCCACUUCCGGAUACACUUUAUUCUGAGAAUCGCAUUUUGUCGGAGGCACCCUCAUCCUCUGCAUCAACGUCAUAUGGGUCUAAGCCUGCACAAGCGCUGACUAUUAAUUAUCCCACACGUAGCCUUGGCCCAAGGGAUGCGCGUCCAGCUGUUUUUUUCCUCUUCUUUAUUAAUGUGGCCUUUUUUGGAACAGGAAAUGUCGCCUCCUUGGCUUCUUUCUCUCUUCAGUCUGUCUUCCGGUUGACAACUGUUUUCAAUCCAUUCUUUAUGGGUGCACUAUUAAUCAUCAAGAUCUUGAUCCCGUUCUUCUUGGUCUCAUCCAUUUUCCGUGUCUUGGUCCGCUCAUUGGAUUUACCUCCAUUCUCCCUGUUUCUGUUGGGUUUGGCAACAACAGAUGUGAUGACGCUAAAUUUCUUUUAUUUAGUCCGCGAUGACGGAUCCUGGCUGGAGAUUGGGACUAGUAUCAGUCAUUUCUGCAUUUCUUCUUUGAUGGUCCUCUUUACUAUCCUAUUGUUUGCGCUAAGUGAUCUUUUGGUGGGGCGAGCGUUAGUCCCGGUUGUGGGAGAAAGUCAAAGGAAAAAGAGGACUUGAUGAACCAACAAACUGCAAUUCUAAUCUACUUCAUAGACAAU